AUGAAGCUCCUAACGUAUAAUGUGAGGGGUCUUGGCAGCAUGGCCAAGAGACGUGUGAUCAGAGAGCUGGUGACAAAGGAACAGGUUGAGUUAGUUUGCAUCCAGGAAACAAAGUUGGAAGUCAUGGAUAGAGGGUUAUGUGCGCAAAUUUGGGGAGACUCAGAUUUCAGUUGGCUUGCACAGCCAGCGGUGAACCGAGCAGGUGGCCUGUUAUGUAUCUGGAAGCACGAUCUCUUCAAGGUAUCUGCUAGUUUUUCUGAUAAUGGCUUUCUAGGCUUGGUUGGUGCGUGGGGUAGUGAUGAUGUUAACUGUGUGAUAGUUAAUGUGUAUUCAUCAUGUAAUUUGGAAGAGAAGAGGAUUAUGUGGGCAAGUUUGUUACAAUGGAGAGGAUUUAAUCAAUCUCUAGUUUGGUGCCUAGAUGGAGAUUUUAACGCUGUUCGAGGCUUGGAAGAAAGGAGGGGAAUCUCAACAGGUUCACAACAUCAGAUGAGAGAAAUCUCAGAGUUUAACAAUUUCGUUACAGAGAUGUCUUUGGUUGAUAUUCCAUUGGCUGGGCGCAAAUUCACGUGGUUAAGGCCCAAUGGUCAGGCGCAAAGCAGAAUUGAUCGCUUCUUAGUCUCUCAUGAAUGGCUUCAGGUUUGGCCGAAUUGUUCCCAGCUAGUCCUCAAUCGGGACAUUUCAGAUCAUUGUCCGCUGCUCUUGAGGUGCCUGGUGCAAGAUUGGGGUCCGAAGCCUUUUAAUGUGUUGAAUUGCUGGUUUCAAGACCACCGCUUUCCGGCGUUUGUGAAACAGUCUUGGGAGGGAAUCCAUAUUGAUGGUUGGGGUGCUUUUGUGCUUAAACAAAAGCUAAAAGCUCUCAAAUCAAAUCUGAAGUCGUGGAACCAUGAGGUGUUUGGUGAUCUACGUAAACGGAGGAAUGACGCGGUGCAGCGGAUUAAUGAUUUAGAUAAAAAAGAGGAAGAAGGGGGACUCUCAGUAGGUGAUAUUGAGGAGCGGAAACAGCUCCUGCAUGAGUUCUGGUCAGUUCUGAAGCUCCAUGAAUCACUUCUUUGUCAAAAAGCUCGUUCAAGAUGGUUAAAGGAAGGGGACCAGAAUUCCAAAUUUUUUCACUCCAUGAUCAAUUGGAGGCGGCGCUCUAAUUCAAUGGUUGGCCUCAUGGUUGAUGGUGUGUGGGAGGAAACUCCGCUUAAGGUGAAGGAGGAGGUGACUGAUUUGAUUUUUUUAAAAAGAAAUUUGCAGCAGAUACCGGGGAUUGUUUAA